UGGGAGACCCUUGCGAAUGUCCCCACUGGCUACCCAGACCAUAAAGAGGAGUCCUCCAAGGCGGCCGGAAAGGCCCCAGUGAAGAGCGGUUUCCGGCUCCGCUCUCCCCUCAGCCGCGCCUGCGCGGACCGACGGGUCUGGCGCUUGCGCAGAGCGUCGCCCGCGCCAUUCGAACGGCGGACGGGACUGUGAGUGCGGAGGUCCCGGUUUUGCCCCCUCGGCUCCCGGUUUUGCCCCCGUUUUUGCCCCCCGCCAUGCCGAGCACGCGCCUGCAGGAGCUGGAGGAGCUGAGCCAGGAGCUCCUGGGAAUCCUGGUGUCUGAGUGGGCCGUGGGGCGCCUGCGCCGCAGCCUCGACGCCCGCUCCCGCAUGGACACCAAACUCUUGGAGACCCAGAGCUCGGCCGCUCGCUUCGCCCGCGAGCUGACAGUGGCCGAGGAGACGGUGGCGCGGGCGCUGCUGGAGCGCGAGGAUCAGCUGCAGCGAUCCCUGCGGAAGCUGCAGGACCUGGAAGCGGAGCUGGAGCGCGCACGGGCAUCCAGGGCCGACCUGGAGGCCACCAAUCGCGCCCUGCGCCGCCGGCUGGAAGAGCUCCGCGCCGAGAGCCGGAGCCUGGAGGAGAACCCGGAGCGGGACGAGGAGGCUGUGCCUUCCGCCGCCUACGUGACGCAGCUCUACUACAAGAUCAGCCGGAUUGAUUGGGAUUACGAGGCUGAUCCGGCGCAGAUCAAAGGCAUCCACUACGGCCCCGCCAUCGCUCAGCCCAUCACCAUCGAUGGCAGCAGCCACUCCCGCUGCUUCCUCAGCGAUUAUUUGUGGAGUUUGGUGCCAACGGAAUGGUGAAUUCCAGCAGGAAUUCGGCGCCGCCGGCAGG